AUGUUGGCAGUCGGAGUAGGGCUAUUUGCUCUGAUUUCCGUUGUGUCCCUCGACUCUAUGGUAUACGGCUCAUUCACAAUCACUCCGGUGAGAUUCAUACAGAGCAACAUAAUCAACUCGGUGUCGCAUUUCUACGGAACGAGUAGCGCGCUCUACUACGUUACACAGGCAUGGCCGAUUCUCCUCAACACGAGCAUCGUCUAUACAUACAAAGCGGUGGUCGAUAUGCGCACACCUACCGAGAAAGCGCUGCGAAAUACUCUGAUAUUUGUCACAGGUGUUUACACGCUCAUCGCACACAAAGAAUGGCGCUUCAUCCAGCCACUCCUACCAAUAGCGAUGGCGUUGACAGCAUCGCGGAUGAAUUUGAGUAAGAAGACAGUCAAAUGGUUGGCUGUGGGUGUGAUACCUGCGCUCUAUCUCCUCACCACACACAUGCGCGGUCAAGUAGAGGUAUCUGAGUGGGUAGGGGAAGUUAGUGGGGUGCGCAGUGUAGGCUUCUACAUGCCGUGCCAUUCUACGCCGUGGCAGUCGCACAUACACAGACCCGACCUCACCCUCUAUGCUGUCCAAUGCGAGCCCGGUGGAUACAACGAGGAGGACGUCUUUUACGCGUCGCCGGUAGAGUUUAUGAGAAAGAGACAUCUUGAGGAUGUCGUCAUAGUCUUUGAGGCUCUGCUCAUCGAUUAUAGUGAUUUGCACGCUGAGUUGCUGAAGCAAUACGAGGUCACUUUAUCCCUCUUCAACACGGUUUUGCAUGAGGAUAGCAGACGACGUGGUGAUAUUGUUGUGUUCCGACGGAUGCAUUAG